UAUAUGUUAUGAAAAUGAAAAUAUAUAUAUAUAUUUUACCAUGCAUGUUGAGAUUGUACACAAACGGCGCCUGAGGCUUGUAGGAAGCAACUCCAGGACGGAGAGAUGGAGCCAAUCUGGGCACUGCCCAAGGCCCCAGAAGAGGGGCUGUUGCCUCUGCCUUGCCACUCCAAAGCACUGCCCCCCACCCACUUAGGCCCUCUUGCACUGAAGGCUAAUGGAGACUUUGCAAUUGACAGCAUAUUUCCUCCUCCUCCACACCAAUGUGGAGGCAUUCCCUGCUCGCCAAUGCCCCGGGGCUGUGGUGUUCUCAGAGCCAAGGGGUGGCACCUCCUCUGGAGCAGUUGAGAACAAAGGAGCCUUCUGGGGAUGCCCAAAUGCGACUCCUUCUCCUGAAAGGAAGUUGGCAGCGCUGCAACUGAGGGGCAGACUGGGUGGCAAAACCAGUUUCGAGCGCUCAGCGCCAACCCAGGGAGCUCUCCUGCACCAGCAAACCAUGCCAACUACUUGGAGGUAGGUGCACUUAAAGAGGGCAGAGUAAUGUCGGCCUGGAUCCGGAGGGCCAACUUCCUCCCUCGGCCUUGGGGCGCUUGAAAAAGCCCUAUUGGGCACGGGAGGGGGCAGAGGGGAUCGGCUCGGUGGGCACAGCUCCAUCCUCAAGCCAGGCUCCUCUGCUCCCGUCCCAAGGCCUCCCUGCUCCGCUUCUUCGGCGUGCAGGGAGGCGAGGAGCCGCCCGCUGGGAGCUCGUUGAAACCGGGCCGGCUCGGGCUCCCCCACCCCACCCCCGCCCAGCGCAGGAGUCCGCGCGCCAAAGCAGCGGAGGAGGCGGGGCGGCUGCGCUGCUGGGGGCGCGCCUCGGCCGGGGCGUUGCAGGAUCCGGGCCAGGCCGGGCCGGCCGGGCGCCUCCGCUCGCCCGCGACACGCCCACCGGGGGCGCCUGCCGGUCCGCCCUCCAAGCAGGCAGAGCCAGGCGCGUCCCGUCGAUGGUCGGGCCCGGGCCCGGGGAUUGGUGCCAUGGAGCGGCCGUCGGGACAACUCCAGCCCGAGCCGUCCCCGCAGCAGGCCAAGCUGGCGAGCCGCCUCCUGGUCUCCUUCCAGUACCUGCACGUGCAGCUGGCUGGCGGGGCGCCCUGGGGUUUCACCCUGCGGGGCGGGCUGGAGCACGGCGAGCCGCUCAUCGUCUCCAAGGUGGAGGAUGGGGGGAAGGCGGCCCUCUCGCAGAAGAUGCGCUCCGGCGAUGAGCUGGUGAACAUCAAUGGCACUCCGCUCUACGGCUCUCGGCAGGAAGCCCUCAUCCUGAUCAAGGGCUCCUACCGCACGCUCAAGAUGAUCAUCCGGAGGAGGAACGUGCCCACCAUCAGGCCCCACUCAUGGCAUCUGGCCAAGCUCUCCGAAGUCCGGACCGAUGGCACCGCCAUGACCUUUCCUGCUGACCCCCUGAGUCUCUCCUGGCACUUGGGCUGCGAGACGAGUGACCUGCCUUUGCCGUGGAACCCCCUCUCUCCCCACUGCACCACGGAAAAGAACAGCUCCCUGGGGAGCAUGGAAAGUCUGGACCCGGCCGGCCAGACCUACUAUGAGGGCAGCCUGUCCCCCAUUGACCAGGCCAUGGACCAGAGCAAGCGGGACUCUGCCUACAGCUCCUUCUCGGCCAGCUCCAGCACCUCCGACUCUGCGCUGCGACCGGAGGAGGCCGGCUCCGUGGACGGCGCCCAGACCGGCCAGCUGCCGGAGCCUCGCUACCUGCAGACAGGAGGAGAGCCUGCGGGCCCUGGGGUCCGAUUGUCCUCCAGCGUCCAGUCGGGCUCUCUUCCUCGCCCGGCCAGAACAGCCGCUGCCCCUCCCCACCCGCCUGUGAGACAAGACAGUCUGCGUGCGUGUAACUCCCCGCUGGAAGACCCAAGAGCCCCGACCCACGCAGGUGGUUUGUGUCCCGAGAAUCGGUGGAACUCGGACAUCUCCCUCUGCUCCCCUGGCCGAGAUGCCCAUGGGCCCGGGGGAGCAUUGGCCACCACAGGCCCCCUGAAGGACUCUCCAUUCCCUGACCAGUACUACCUGCUCAGCUCCCACACAGAGCCUCACCUUGGGAUGAAGAGGAGCCCACAAACCUCCCCCUCGUCUUUGGCUGAGAGCCCCAGAGAGCCCCCCGGAAGGAAGGGCCACGAGGUGGAGCUGAAUAACUGUGCAGAGCCUCCUUCGUCCUGGAAGGCUGCCUUGGGCGGGCCCUUCGGCCAUCGCCACAGCAUCCCAGAACACCUGCUGGUGGCCCAGCUGCAGGCCUUGGAGGUCUCCCGUGGCCAGAAGGCUCCUCGCUGGACUGUGUCUCCACUGCACAAGGAGCAGAAGGACCCGCAGACUCCGGAGCCCUGUGGCCAGAAGCCCUGGGAGCCGGCAGAAGAGCUGGAUUCCCCCCCAACUGCAGAAGAGGGGUCCCCUUCCCCACGGGGCCCUUGCACGGCACUGGGGAGGCCCAACAACACCCUCCCGACCCGGGCUGGUUCCCCGUCACUGCCAGCGUUUGGCAAUGGCAGCACCUCCCGGCGAGACCUCCAGGCAGCCUCCUGCGUAGAUCCUUUGCCGGAGGCUGAAAGGAGCCUCCCAGCUGCCCAGAAGGGCCAGCAUCGCUCUGCACACAGCCGCCGGCGCAGUGACCGCUUCGCCACCAACCUGCGGAAUGAGAUCCAGUGGCGGAAAGCCCAGCUGCAGAAGGCCAGAGGGCCCGGGGGGCCAGGGUGUGAAGAGGAGCCUGCCCCACAAGCAGAGGAGUCCCCCGCUCACACCGCAGUCCCUGCCCCUUCUCCCCCUCCCCUAGGGGAGGGAAGGCCCCUGGGCUCCUCUGGGCUGCCAGCUGGGGUCCCCAAGCGGUGGGGCUCUGAGCUGAGCGUGUUUGGGGAGGAGAGAGCUCCAAGCAGCCCCCAGAGGACACCCAAGGAGAAGCCUCUGCCGGCGGCCCGUGCAGGGGGGUGGGGAGGCGGCCGCUGGCGCUGGUCCCCGGAGCACAAGCUCCAGCCUCAGGAGUCCGAGCCGGGGCCGUCCGCACAGCUGCCCUUGGAGGAAGACGGCCUCUUGCCUUUUGCCGACCGGCGGAGGUUCUUUGAGGAGACGAGCCACCCUCUGCCCGCCAGGCCAUAUGGUUCGCUCCAGGGCAGGCUGGAGGGCAGACGGAGCCCCGAGGCAGAGAAGCCAGGAAGCGCCGAACACGGGACCUUCCAGCGUCACUCCCUGGACCAAUCCUACCGUUGCCCACCUUCGCCUCCCGUCUACCAGGACUUCCAGCCGGAGGUUCUGAGGCUCUGCAAGUCCCUGGCUCGACCCGGAGUGGAGACGGAGCACUGGUGGGCUCUCCCGUGCUCGUGCGCUGUCCGGGAGGCCUGCGCUUACAGCUUUCAGGAGGAAUGCGCCAUGCUGCGCUCGAGGAGCAUGCCAAUGCCGCCACCCAGCCACCAUGCCCACCAUUGCCACCCUUGUUCCUGGAGCUGCCGCAGUGAGUGCUGUUUCCCGGGUCAGCAGAAGCUGGUGGAGGACGGGGGUCCCUGGCAUGGAAGGAAGCCUUUUCAGGGGGAAUUUCCCCCAGAUGAAUGGGAGCCCCCAGCCGUGAGCAGAGCAAGCAGCCACACUGGGAGUCAGCUCCUGCCGCACAAGGUAGCCUUCACCAGGGUCAGCCCCUUCUGGACCUGCUUCGAGCGCACCGAACCGGCUGGGCCCUCUUUCUGCCGGGCCCCAUCCACGCACAGCCUCCCCUGGGACUGCGAGCAGCCAAAGUGGGUCGUGGAGAAGGGGGGCUGGGAAGGGGGGCUCGGCGAACCUCACAAACCCCCCUUGCGCGAAAGGGCCUAUUCGGAGAGCCACCUCUGCACCGAACCUGCCAGGGUCUCUGCGAGGGAGUGGCGAGAAGCCCCCUUGGCCGAGGCGCAGGAGACGGCACCAAAGUCACCAACCUGCCAAGCCAGGAGAAGGGGGCCCCCACCUCCGCGCCCUCCCCCACCCAACUGGGAGAAAUACCGCCCAGCCCGGGCUUCACACCAACAGCUUCUCCCUGCCCAAGCCUGCCGGCCCCAUCAUGUGGAGGAGCCUUGGGCCCCGGGCCAGCCUGGUUUCGAAGCGGCCAGGCAGCGUUCUCAGAGCCUCCCUGGGGAGCAGCUGUGGCCCAACAGAGCACAACUGCAGUGCCCGCGGCUGCCCGGUGCAGGACCCGUUGCCACUCCUUCCCUCCCUGAGCAAGACAACCCCCACUAUUACUGCCACGGGUCGCCACCCAGGACCCGGGAGUGGCUGAUGGCUGAGACGAGUGACCGGAGUGUCCCAUCCAGGACGGCCAGUUCCUCGGAGGGGGCAGCUGCUGAGGAUCCUCCCCAGGUCGAGGAGCAGGAGACGCCAACCGGCAGCCCCUCAGAGCAGCCCCUUACCUGGCAACCCCAACAGGGCCCGCCUGUGUCCCAGGAUGCUGCAGGGGAGUGUCACAGAUCAGGGCCCCCUCCCUCGCGCCUGAAUUCGGAGGAGCUGAUGAGAGACGUGGCGGGCAAGGACCGCUCUCUGGCUGGAGUGCUGAGCUCUGGUUUCGGACUCCGCUCAGCAGCCGAGGUGAUGGGCGACCUCUUUGCUGAAAGUAGCUGCCCGCUCUGGCCAAGGCAGGACUGGUCAAUGCUGGGGAGGGGUCCCAGCUGCCCUGAAAGGCAGCAGAAGUCUCCCCAGUCCGCCACUGGCGGGGGAGCUUCCCCCUCCUGCCUGACUUACCUCAACCUGUCGGCGGGGAAAGCUGAGCUGCUGAACCAAAUGAAGAACCGCUCUGAGUUGGCUGCACCCUCUCCAGAAGAGGAGCUGGACCAGGACCUGGCUCAGAAGAAGGUGCAGCUGAUCGAGAGCAUCGGGCGGAAGCUGGAGGUGCUGCAGGAGGCCCAGCAGAGCCUGCAGGACGACCUGAGCGCCAACGCGGCCCUUGGCAGAGAGGUGGAGAAUUACAUCAAGGGCGCCUGCAAGCCCCAUGAACUGGAGAAGUUCCGGCUUGUCAUUGGCGACUUGGACAAGGUGGUCAACCUGUUGCUCUCGCUGUCCGGGAGGCUGGCCCGAGUGGAGAACGCCCUCAGUGGCCUGAAUGCGGAGGACGAGGAAGAGGAGGAGGAGGAGAUGAUGGCCCUCCUGGAGAAGAAGCGGCAGCUGACAGCACAGCUGGAGGAUGCCAAGGAGCUGCAGGAGCACGUGGCUCAGCGGGAGCAGCUCGUCUCUGCCAGCGUCUCGCGCUGCCUGGCGCCCGAGCAACUGCAAGACUACCAGCACUUUGUGCGCAUGAAGUCCGCCCUGGCGAUCCAGCAGCGGCAGCUGGACGAUAAGGUGAAGCUGGGCGAGGAACAGCUGCGUUGUCUCUGGGAGAGCCUGCCUCGGAGGCCCCGGAAGCCCUAGAGGAACCGGGAUCCCCCUGGCUGGAGGGCUGGCUGCAAAUGGAAAGAGACGGUGCCUUUUGCCAAAGAACUGCGUCUGCCCCCUGCCUUCUCUGGCCAAGGAAGAAGGGGUCGCCCACAUGCCUUCGUGGCCCCCUGCAGUUAGGAUCAAGAAAAGAUGGAAUCCUGCGUCACUGGAAUAAGGAGGCAGGGAGGGGUCCUGGCAGCCUCUCCACAAACCACCCAGCUGGCCAGAUGAGGAGACCCCGUCCUUUCCAGGGGCCACGCAGCCUCGCCUCGACAAAGUCUCCCGCUCAUAAUACUUUCUGAGCUCCACUGCGGGGACUCGCCCGCUGUUCACCUUAAGUGCCUACAAGCCUCAAAGGGGCCUUUUCUGCCCGUGCAGGUUAUUUAUUUUUUGCUGUUGCUAUGUUAAGAGUUUCUUUCCAAGUAUACCUGGGUCAGGUAAGAGCCAGGUGGCCGAGAGCAUGGCACGGGCUGUUUCAGAGCCCAUGUGUCCACAGCGGCUUCUCCGGGGAGUCCUGCCUGGGCCCAAGGAGUCCAGCCAGUGGCAUCACGUCUUCGUUGGGUCCUGCCCGUGUAUCCCAACUAAGCCCUGAGGCUGCUGCUUCAGUCUUCCCGUGGAGGGGAGCGGUCAGGCCUGAGUGGGCUCAGGUGGCUGCUGUCCGGCGGCAAAACUCUGGCAGGGAGAUCGCACGGGAAAUGCCCCCCAGCAGCAGGUGAGGAUCAGGCCUGGGAAAGCUUUGCGGUGGGGUGUGGUCAGAGCCCUAAGCCAGCGAUGGUGGAGGGACAGCAGGCAUCUGCCCCAAGCCUGCCUUUCUCAGGAGCGACGAGCUGGCUGCCUUAAUUUAUCCACGGGAUCAGCGGGCAAUCCAGCCCCCGUUACCAGCUCUCCUCCUUGGCCCUGGCCAGACAGCCCUGCCCUGGGCGAGGGUCUCCCUUCCGUCUUCCUAGCAUGGCCUCAAGCUGAAAUCCCCUGGCAAGAACUUGGGGGGGCGGAGGGACUGGAUAACAAGGGCUUCUCUUCCUAACCUCUCCUGUCUCCGCAGCAGAGGAAUGUCUUGGGCUCCUGCCAUGGCUAUUGUGACCCUCACAUCCUCUUCCUCUCCAUUGUCCUUGGCCCAGUGCA